GCGUGACGCCGCCGGCCGGGGCGGGGCCUGGGCGGAGAGCGGUUCGCGCGCUUCGGGCCUAGUCCGGACUCGCCACCGCCGCCAUAUUCCCGUGGCGUCUCUCUUACUUUGUCCGUUCUCCGGCGCGAGAUCGUCUUUCCGGAGCCAUGUCAGAAGGAGUGGACCUCAUCGAUAUCUACGCCGACGAGGAGUUCAACCAGGACCCAGAGUUCAACAAUACAGAUCAGAUUGACCUGUAUGAUGACGUGCUUACGGCUACCUCACAGCCCUCAGAUGACAGAAGCAGCAGUGCUGAGCCGCCGCCGCCUGUCCGCCAGGAGCCCUCUCCCAAGCCCAACAACAAGACUCCUGCGAUCCUGUACACAUACAGUGGCCUGCGCAGUAGGCGAGCAGCUGUCUAUGUGGGCAGCUUUUCCUGGUGGACCACAGACCAGCAGCUGAUCCAGGUUAUUCGCUCUAUAGGAGUCUAUGAUGUGGUGGAGUUGAAAUUCGCAGAAAAUCGAGCAAAUGGCCAGUCCAAAGGGUAUGCUGAGGUGGUGGUAGCCUCUGAAAACUCCGUCCACAAAUUGUUGGAGCUCUUACCAGGGAAAGUUCUCAAUGGGGAAAAAGUGGACGUGAGGCCGGCCACCCGGCAGAACCUGUCCCAGUUUGAGGCCCAGGCUCGGAAACGUGAGUGCGUCCGAGUCCCGAGAGGGGGAAUACCUCCACGGGCCCACUCCCGAGACUCUAGUGACUCUGCUGACGGGCGGGCCACGCCCUCUGAGAACCUUGUUCCCUCAUCUGCGCGUGUGGAUAAGCCCCCCAGCGUGCUGCCCUACUUCAAUCGCCCCCCUUCAGCCCUUCCCCUGAUGGGUCUGCCCCCGCCCCCAAUCCCACCCCCACCACCUCUCUCUUCGAGCUUCGGGGUCCCUCCUCCUCCUCCUGGCAUCCACUACCAGCAUCUCAUGCCCCCUCCUCCUCGAUUACCUCCUCAUCUGACUGUACCUCCCCCUGGGGCCAUCCCACCUGCCCUUCACCUCAACCCGGCCUUCUUCCCCCCACCAAACGCUACAGUGGGGCCUCCACCAGAGACUUACAUGAAGGCCUCUACGCCCUAUAACCACCAUGGCAGCCGAGACUCGGGCCCUCCGCCCUCUACGGUGAGUGAAGCUGAGUUUGAAGAGAUCAUGAAGCGAAACAGGGCGAUUUCCAGCAGCGCCAUUUCCAAAGCAGUGUCUGGAGCCAGUGCAGGUGAUUACAGUGACGCGAUUGAGACGCUGCUCACGGCCAUUGCAGUCAUCAAGCAGUCCCGGGUGGCCAAUGAUGAGCGCUGCCGAGUCCUCAUCUCCUCGCUCAAGGACUGUCUUCAUGGCAUCGAGGCCAAGUCCUACAGCGUGGGUGCCAGCAGCAGCUCCUCCAGGAAGAGGCAUCGGUCCAGGGAGAGGUCGCCCAGCCGGUCCCGGGAGAGCAGCAGGCGGCACCGGGAUAUGCUUCACAAUGAAGACCGCCAUGAUGACUACUUCCCAGAAAGGAGCCGGGAGCACGAGAGGCACCGGGACAGAGAGCGGGACCGGCACCACUGAGCGAGGAGUCUGGUUGGAAGCAGUGUUUUUAACGGACUCGCAUCUCCACCCUGAUCAGGACUAAAGGACGGAGGCCGCUCCACUCUCCCCUUCCUCCACUCCCCUAAUCCCACCUGACACCCAGGGAAUCCCUCUGCCCCACAGGUUUGAAGAUGGCUUGGCACCCUCCCAGCCCCGUGCCUCCCGUUUGCCGGGGGAAGAACCUAAGACUGUGGCCAGGAGGGUGGUAGAAGGAAGCAGGCUCCGUGCCGGGCCCUGGUCUUCCGAGAACGGUGCUUUGUCUGAGGAAACGUGUGUUUCUAACUCCAGGAGCAGUGCAUUGGUGAGGCUGGUGGAACGGCUUCCUGUCCAAGGAAACGGAUCCUCCGUGCAGCUCUCGGAGGGUGACGGGUGUGCCAAAAUAUGCCAGGGCCCUGUCCUUAGCACUAGGUUUGAUGGGGCCAAGAGGGCCCAAGCCCUUGCUAAUGUACCACUUUGUUAACGCUUUCCCCCGCGCCCUUUGAGAAGGGACCAGGAGAACAGACAUUACCUAGUGACAGCUCCUUCUGGUCUCGGUUUUCCUUCUUGCAUCUUGACGGUUUGUGUCCCUGCCCCCUAGAGGGCUAACCCCUCCUGCUCCCCACUGCCUAGCGCUUCGACCUGCCCCUGAGGAGAGAGGCCUGUGCGUUGCUUGUGUCGGAGCCCUCUUCUUCGUGCUCGGUUGCCUCUCGCAGUAACCAGCUCCCUGGCGUUCCUCUCCCUGGAGCAUGUCCAUGUAACACAUGGUGCCCUUCCCCCAGGAAGGCUGCUUCCUUGUUUUAGAGGAAGUUACUGCCGCUGGGAGACGGCCCUCGGGACCUCAGGAGUGAAGAAGCCUAGCCGAGUACCGAGUACCGGAGGAGUAGGGAGCGGGCAGCCUGGCGGGAUCUGGCCCACUUCCCAGGCUUUUCCUUCCUUGGGCUGAUGGAAGCCUGGGGUUGCGUCCCCAGGUACAUACUUGUACGUAUCAUGGGAUAACCCGGCACUGCUAGGCAGGUGAAGUCACAGAUUUGGUGUCCUUCCACCUUUGGACUUUUGACUCACAAGCUCUCCUUCCUCUGCCUGGAGGUCCUUCCUGCCUCUGGUAAGGAAUGAGUAAGAAAUGGAGCCUCACUAGGCCGAACUUCACCCUGAGUUGUAAGCACCAGCACUGUGGGACCAUUUUCCACCCAGGCAGAUGGAAUUGCUUUUCCCCAAACUUCCUGCGGUGGCUGCUGAAGCAGGCAGCAGCAGCAGGGUCCUGUAGCACCCAGGGUGAGGGCGCCUGCCACUUAGCGCGAGGCCAGCUGUGGCUGAGGACAGGGUCAGAAACCCUCUGGCUCAGGGGAGGGGCUGGUUGGACUGCACGUUCCCAAAACACCCCGGUCUCGGGGGAGCCCCCAGGGUUGGAGAGGCACAUUCCCUUGGGACAGGCUGCAGACUGGAGCUUUUAUCCCGUCCCCCAACCCUGUCCCCACCUGCACCUCGGCCCAUGGCACCCUGCCAACUGGCCAAGUGUUACGUGACGUGCUUACCCUUGAGAGCAGCUCCGGGUGUCUUUUUAAAAUGUAGAGAAAACCAAGUAAGGUGGUGGUCUAAGGAAAACAAUAUAUAGAAUAUCAGAAAAGCUGUUUGCCCGGAGAAUUAUUUUCUCCCCUUUUUUUGUUUUUACUCAAUGACACAAUUUUUAGUUUUACUUCCUGAUAGCAAAAGGAAAAGAACCCUAACCCUAAAAAGGCUAAGGCCCCGUCCCCCCGUUGUCGGUGAUUUGUUUGUCUUUCUGAUGGGUUGAAAAUUGUGUAAUAAACUUGAUGACGCUGUCAAUCUUUUAUACUGCAUUGUAUUUUUUUCCUUUUGUAACAAAGUAUUUUGAAAUAAUAAAUGGGGUGUGUGCUGUU